AUGCAGUCUACACGAUUCCUAGCGGCCAACAUGCUGCGCCAACAGCCAGCCUCGCUCCUGCGCACCCGCGCCGGUCAGAUAACGAGGAGCUUCCAGACCACCUCGAUCAGAAGAGCAGUCCCGAAGGAGGAACAAUCCGCCCACACCAUCUCCCAGCGUCUGCGCACCCUCAAGAAGAUUCCUCCGGAGUUGAUCCCCCUCGGUGUUGUCUUGGCCGCUGCCAUUGGUGCCGCCAUCUAUAGCAUAGGCCGCAAGCUUGUCGUCGACAAGACUCUGCGUCUGACGAGACAAGGAAAGCAGGCAGAUCACUAG